CUGAUUGGCUGAGGAGAGGCCGAGGUCUCACAUGCACGCAUGUCUUCAUUCAUAGCCAGCGUGGAAACAGGCAGACCGACGUUAGUGGACCAGAGUUCGGCUGUAACACGGAGGAUCCCCCCACCCAGUAUGGAUCUAAUCUCUGCGGAUUAUAAUGUCGACAAAGACGGACAGAGGGAUCCGGGAAUCGCGUUGGGUGACGGGGGAAAGUUCGGCGGCUCCUCCGGCAGCAACAAGCAGGAAGAAGAGAUAUCUUGAGAGGGGUUAGGUCGGAGGAGGAUUGGCUAGGGCACGUGGGCUGAAACGUGAAACCUACUUUUUUCAUCUUCUUGAAAACUACAACCGUUUUCAGGUUUCAACACGUUUGAACACGUUUGAACAUGUUGUCUUCCACUCUCCUGUGUUUCCUGCUCUUCCUGCCACUCUCUGAAGAGCCAGAUGAGUUAACGGUGAAGCCCGAGCAGGACGUUACUCUCGGGUGUCGGGCUCUCUCAGACGGCCCCGUCACUCUGCUGGAGUGGAACAGACGAGACCUGAAGGACGAAGGCUACGUCUUCUUCUACAGGAACCAGCGCGCGUACGAGAAGUAUCAGCACCCGCGUUACCGGGGCCGGGUGGAGCUGAGAGACCCGGAGAUGAUGCACGGAGACGUCUCCGUUGUUCUGAAGAACGUCAGCAUCAACGACACCGGGACGUACGACUGUCGAGUUAUAAUCACCGGGGGCAACGAGAGCAGGAAGCUCAUCAACCUGACUGUCACCGACUCCGAUCCCACAUCUGGACAGGAGGUUGAACAUCCUAGACUCGUGGUCGGUGUGUCAGUUGCCGUAGGCCUCGUUAUUGUUAUUGUUCUUCUUUCUUCUGUUCUGUGUUUUAUCAUUUAUAAACGGCGUAACAGUCCCACAAACAAUCCUUCAUACAAAGCUCCGGCUGAUGAAAGCACCUAGGUGACCGGAGUGUCUGAGUCCUCCUGCUGAAGGAAUCAACAGUCUAGAAACGAUUAGUUAGCACGCUCAUAUCAGCGUUUUUCAUAAUAUCACAUUGCACCUUUUGACAUUCAAAUCUUCAGCAAACUAAAGCUUGUUUGCUUUUUAAGCUUGUUUCACUCACAAAGAUGUAAAUUGUAGUAUUGAUCAGACAGCUAAUUGAAUGUAUAGAUGUGAGGUUUAGCUUUCUGCACUUUAAUGAUUCUGUGUUCUCAUGUUGCACAGCACUUUAUUUCACCUCUUGAGUUUUAUCCACUUAAUAACUGUUACUAUUAAAAACGUUUCCUUUUCUUUCUUUUUUUUUUUAAAUGAAGUGGUUGUUCUGGAUCAAUGCCGCCCAAUUUGGGGCCUGCGGGUCAAGUUUGGCCCGUCAUGAAAUUUGACAUUCUUAUUCCCCUCUUAUUUUCUGUCAACGUGUAUAAAACCCUCCACAGAAACUCCUUGUGCUCAGAGAUUCCUGUGAGUUUGUGUCUCCACUGCGCGGAGAAUCAAACUUCUCUCAUUGGACCUGAGAGAAGUUUUUCUUCCCCAGACUCCGUGUCUGUGAAACAGGGUUCAAGUUUAAGAAGAUGAUGAGCCGAACGCGUGCUGCUGUCUGUAAACAAAUUUUCCUUUUUUGCUUUAACCUCUGCAAAACGAGAGGAAAUGAGUCACAAAGCAUUGAGCGUUGUUCAUAAACAUGCAGACACGUCUGAUGUGGUUUCUGCGGGAGCGUGCCUGUGUUCCCACAUUUCUAAGAAAUAGUUUUCACUGAAAAUUAGGCCCUAUGUUCCCACAUUUCUAAGAAAUAGU